GCCGUCAUCAUCAUUGGCGCGAACCAGCCGAUCUGGGGAUUUUGUGGAGUUAUUGAAUGCGGGGAUAUUGAGCAGCUACUCGCAUCCUUGCGGUGUUUUUGUCCCUGUCAUCCAGGUGAACUCGCUAGUCCGUUUUGAUUCCUGUCAUGCUGAACUGGCUUUUUCAAACCAUCACCGGUGGUGUUAUUCUCAUAGUCUCCCUUUUUGUCCUCAUCAAUGCGGAGCCUUUUUAUCAACAUCAUUCCAUCCUCGAGAGUCUGUUCUGCCUUGAUAGUCCAUCGGAUUCUUCGCGAACGUCGGUUUUCCCUCGUUGACGGUUCACAGGAUGUCACCCGCUAACUAGCGGUUUCAAUUCGGGCCUGUAGACUUUGGUGGCUGACCCUCCUUUCCAGCUUGACAAAUCCCGUCCUUCGCCGUGCCAACGGACGCGUCCUUGGCGACUGGCCAAGACCAGGAAAACACUAUGGAUUAUCUCGGGGACACAACCAGAACGAGCGUUGCUGACUGCCAAGGAACGCCGCCUAAAAAGUACUGGGUGCGCGCCUGGCCUCCCACACUGGAAAUUCCUCGGUGAAUGCUGAGUCGCCUGGACCUGAACCUAUAUCCCGUCUUCGUGAUUAUUUCGCCGACCAAUGCGAGCUCUGCCUCGGUGACUUUUGGCUUCCCCGCGGCUUCUGGCACCUCCUACCUUACCCGUUUGUAUUGGCAUACAGGUUUCGAACCUGGGGUAGUCGGAGAUAGGACCUUCUCCCCACAGUGUCAAGUGCCGUCCAUCUUAAGCGGUAACAAUUGAAGGACAGCAGGCGUCCAGCACUCGAGCAUCUUCAGCGCCACUCGCCCCACGUUUCGAGAUCGACCCUACCCCAGAUGCGAUACCUGUCUCUGUGCUCAUCCGAGCUUUGCUUCCGUGCUAGCAUUCGGCAAAUCCGAGCAAGCUCUCCUAUCCGGUCCCAAGGACCUUUAUAAUCCUCACAACCACGCUGUGUGGUAGUCUGCUGUGGAGACAUUGUCUACCUAGGAGAUAACUAUCUCACCAGCUCCCCAGGUCCGACAAUCUGGACACGAUCAGGAGCACCAUGGCAUCCGACACGCCCCCUGACACGAUAGUGGACGAGAAGGGUGUGUCACAACACAAAGAAGAUUUUGUCGCCGAAGCUGCCCAUGACGCGGCUGGGCGCGGCCAGGCGGCCACUGACCAAUACGGCCGUGCGCUUGUUGAAUUCGACCGCCGAGCUGAAAGUCGUCUGCGCUUAAAAAUCGAUUUUUAUAUCAUACCCACGGUCGCCUUGUUGUACUUGUUCUGUUUCAUCGACCGAGCCAAUAUCGGCAAUGCGAAACUUGCCGGGUUUGAAAAGGAUCUCAAUCUCCAAGGAAACGAUUAUAAUGCCGUCCUUUCUGUCUUCUAUAUCUCGUACAUCAUCUUCGAGAUUCCAUGCAACAUCGCCUGCAAGUGGAUUGGGCCAGGUUGGUUUCUUCCAGCUUCAACCUUGAUAUUCGGCAUUUGUUCCGUCGGCACGGCCUUUGUGCACGAUAUUCAGAGCGCAUCGGGUGUUCGCUUCGUGCUCGGUAUCUUCGAGGCCGGUAUGUUGCCCGGUAUCGCGUACUACAUGUCGCGAUGGUACCGGAGAAGCGAGUUGGCCUUCCGCCUGGCGCUUUAUGUCGUAAUGGCCCCCCUCGCCGGUGCCUUCGGUGGUCUUUUGGCCUCGGCAAUUUUGACGCUGGAUCAUUUCGGCGGGUUGCAUGCGUGGCGGAUGAUUUUUGCGAUCGAGGGAAUUAUCACGAUUGGGUUGGGCGUGAUUGCGUUUUUCACACUGACCGAUCGCCCCGAGACCGCUCGCUGGCUCACGCAGGAAGAGAAGGACCUGGCCAUUGCUCGGCUCAAGUCAGAGCGUGUGGCCACCACCGAGGUUCUGGAUAAGAUCGAUCGGGCCAAAAUGCUGCGCGGCAUCUUUAGUCCCGUCACAUUGGCGACAUCGAUGAUCUUUCUUCUCAACAAUAUCACCGUGCAGGGAUUGGCAUUCUUCGCGCCCACCAUCGUUCGGACCAUCUAUCCCGACAGCAGCGUUGUUGGUCAGCAGCUCCACACUGUCCCACCCUAUGUGGUCGGGGCUUUCUUUACCGUCUUCUUCCCUUUUCUCAGCUGGCGCUUUGACAACCGGAUGAUCUUCUAUGUUAUCUCACCCCCCUUGGUUAUGGCCGGAUACAUUAUGUUCCUAGCCAGUACCGAUCCCAUGGUGCGAUAUGGAGCGACCUUCGUUAUCGCCAGCGGUGCAUUUGCCUUUGGAUCCCUGUGCAAUGCGCAUGUAUCUAACAACGUGGUUUCCGACACGGCGCGCUCGGCCGCGAUAGGGACCAAUGUGAUGAUGGGAAACAUUGGAGGGCUUAUCUCGACCUGGUCUUUUCUGCCGUUCGACGCGCCGGACUACCACAUCGGCAACGGGUUGAACCUGGCAACGUCGUCCACGAUCUUGAUCCUGGGCGCCUGCCUGUGGGCAUGGAUGAAGUGGGAUAACAAGAAACGGGAAAGGAUGGACGUUGAUCAGGCCCUAGCCGGCAUGUCGCAGAAGCAGAUCCAGGACCUGGACUGGCGCAAUCCGGCAUUCCGGUGGCGGACUUAAGCCAGGUAGUAUUCCGAGCACUUUUUGCGCCUUUGGCGGCCUCUUUUUUCCUUCUUAUCAUUUUGAUUUGUAUUUUUCUUUGGUCAUUUGGUCCACGCACUAUGUGGUCAUUUUGGACUUGUUGGGAGUCUUACUUCUUUUGGGCUACGCAUGCAUAUCACUUUGAUUGAAUCCACUUGGGCUACCACACUUUUUUUGAACGUGAAUACGGCUACCACCCCCUGCUUUUAACCGGGGAUUACGUAGAUUUGUCCGAUUGGGUCGAUAGAGGAUUGGUAAUUCUCACCUGAGAUGGGGGGUUGUCUUGGACAAUGGAGACCAAGGCCAGUAGGGCAUAAGGCUAAUCUUCCAGAGCCCCUCCACGCAGAGAAUCCUCCGAGGAAAGCUGGGCCUUAACUCUGUAAGCCCGAGGCUAGGAAUCGGCCUUCUGGCCGCAUAUUGGCCAAGCAGGUAGCGCGAUGGACCAGGGGUAUGGGGACAAAGAUCUCGACCUCAUCCUUUGCCUCUCCACUCCGGUCGCAUCUGCCAAUGGCAACGAAGGCAUUAUCCUCCUAUCAACCCACCGGCUUCUUUCCUGCGGUCUCACAUGCGGGCCGUCUAUCCCCUCCUCCUCAUCUUACGGGGUACGACGCGGGCAACGC